AUGACCCCGCUGACGCCCGUCGAGUCGAGCACCUUCUUGGUCUCGUGCUCGACGUACAUCUGCUUCGCGGCGCCGCCGAGCGCGCCGCCAGAGUUGGAGCGCGGACUUGUCAUUGGUACCGCCGAGGAGGCUGGACGCGGCGCCGAGGCCGCCACCACCGCCACCUCCGCUGCCCUUGCCGAGCGCCGAGGCGCCAAGUGCGGCAGCGCCUGCCGCCACACCACCGGCCGCAAGGCCGGCGUUAGCGUUGGUGCUGCCCUUGCCCUGCGUAGGGGCGCCGUAGCGCUGGUCGCUGUCGUACGACUGCGCCGCGACGACGUUCCCGUCCGGCCCGACGAGCACGUUACGCUCCACUGUCCCCCGCGGGCCGGAGAGCACCUCGCGCUGCGCGUAUCCGUCGCUCGAAGCGAGGACAUCGCGCUCGGCAUACCCCCGCCCGGUGGACAGGGUAUCGCGUUCGAGCACCCCCGCGUCGGUGGCGCGGAGGUCGCGCUGCGCGACCCCGCGGCUCGUCGCCAGGGUAUCGUCGCGUGCGCGGCGCUCGCGCCCGUCGUGGAGUCGGACAGCACGCCGCGGGAAGCGUACGUCCCUUUCGCGGCGUCGGUGCGCAUGUCGCGGCUGCCCGACAGGCCGCCGGCGCCGAGUAUCGUGUCGUGCUCCGUCACUCCGUCGCGCGUGGCGAAGCGCUCGCGCUCGCCGACGCCGUCGGCGCCGACAUACUUCGCGUGGGAUGCGGACGCGCCGGUCGUGGCGUCAGAGAGCACCCCUCGAGAGGUGUACGUGCCCGUCGCGGCGUCGGUCUGCACGUCGCGCGUGGCGGACAGCCCGUCGGUGCCGACCAUGACAUCGUGCUCCUUGACCCCGUCGCGCGUAGUGAAGCGCUCGCGCUCGCCGAGCCCGUCGGCGCCGACCACCCCGCGGGAAGUGUACGUGCCCUUGUCGUCGACGUGCGCCUCGCGCUUGCCCGACACGCCGUCGCGCGUGGCGAUCGCCUCGCGCUCGACAUACUCGCUCUUGACGGCGCGCUCGCGCCCGCCGUUCCGCGCGUCGUCGCGCGCGACAAAGCCCGCCCGGUCGGCGUUCGCGCCCCGCGUCGCGCCGGCUGUGGAGGCCGUGUCACGCUGUGCGCCGAAAGGGUACGCGCCCGGCCCAGGGCCCUCGCUCGGCGUCGUGUACCGCGACGAGUCGGCAGUGCCGCCGCCGCCACCGCUGCUGCUGGCCAUCCAGGUGCUGAUCGCCGACCGGCUCAUCCUUCACCACGCGCCCGUCGCCAGUGUACCGCUUGUCCCCCGUGGCCGUGACGCCGCGCACGCCCGACGGCUUGCCGUCGCCGCCGGCGUCCAUGAUCGCCAGGUCUUCUGA